AUGGAGUUGAGCGACUUCGAUUUAGCCGUCUCCAAGCUCGACAUCCAAGAAGGCGACACUAUUGAAGACGUCAUGAAUGUCCCGUUUACGACCGUCGUAGAUGUCCCCGCACAGGACUUCGGCACAUUGUAUCCGCAUGACCAGGCAGAGUCAGAUGAGGACGAGCAGAUGAACAAGCAUCGCAGACUGAUCGAGGGGAAAUUGAGGGCGCAGGUAUCAGCGCAAGAACUCGAGUCCAAGAUGGCGGCAACAAAAGAAGCAACCGAGCAGUAUACGACUCAGAAUAGCUAUUUCCCCGAUACAAACGCUAACAAACUCUCCCCUUCAAUAUCACUUUCCGAUCGCACACGCCGAGCCUCCGAACCCACUCUUUCCCCAAGCACCUCAUCAACUACCGACACACCAUCCAGCGCACCGUACACUACCCCCUCAAGCCCAACCCCCAACCCACCUCGGCCAUCCAAGCACCGUCGAAACCCGUACUCACGCAAAACCAACUCUCAGCAAGCCCGCUACGAAGCCCGCUGUGAAGUUGAAGAGGAAGAAGAAGCAGCCCUAGCAGACCUCGAACAAUACCGAACCAUGGAUCUGGCGCCCUUGGACCCCAUUAUGCAGAGUAGCACUGCAGGUGAUUUGAUCACGCACGGUACACCGAUUAAAGUGCAGGAUAUGGAUAUUUUUCGCUGA